AUGGCGCAAUCAAUCCUCGUCCCUCUCAUUCCGACCCUCACCUUUGUCUUUUCUGCGCUCCUCAUGUUGUAUCUUUACCGCGGAAGACUCCUCCAAUGCUUCUCUCGCAGCAAGACCGCGGUGUAUACGGAAAUUCCCUCGGACAUUGAAUCUGCAUCAAUCCCAGCAAUGGAGAACCCCGCAUGCGUUGAUCCCCCGCCAACGCCAACAACCCAAAACACCCACGCAUCCUGGAUCGACUCGCUAGUGGAAUAUGCUGUGCACCAGGUCUGGACAGGACUCGAUCUGGAUUCCCUGUUCGAACCGGCGCCUCCCGUCCCUCACGGGAUUGCUAUUAACGGAGAUUCCGAUAAGCGGUGUGGUUCCCCGGAACGUGCAUGCACGUCUGCAUGA